AUGCAAAUAUUCGUCAAAACUUUAACAGGAAAAACUAUAACCCUUGAGGUUGAGCCUAGCGACACGAUAGAGAAUGUUAAGGCUAAGAUUCAGGAUAAGGAAGGUAUCCCUCCAGACCAACAAAGAUUAAUAUUUGCUGGUAAGCAGUUAGAGGAUGGCAGGACCUUGAGUGAUUACAAUAUCCAAAAGGAAAGUACCCUUCAUUUAGUACUGAGGUUACGUGGUGGAAUCAUUGAGCCCUCUCUCGUCAUCUUGGCUCAGAAAUACAACUGCGAUAAAUUGAUAUGCCGAAGAUGUUAUGCUCGUCUUCCACCGAGAGCCACCAACUGUCGUAAGAAAAAGUGUGGAAGGUGUAGCCAAUUGAGACCAAAGAAGAAGAUCAAGGGUGGAAAUUAA